GGGUGUUAGCAGGACGGUUAAAGUGACUGACAGGUCGAUGGACCAACCAGAGACUCUCAGUAGGUGUGCUGACUCAGAGUGAGAAAGUUCAAAAUCUGUACGCUCACCUGGAGCGCUCCUCUUUCCUCUGUGCUGCUGUCACUUACUCACACACACACACACACACACACACAUACACUCAGUACAGAGGAGUACACACACACACACACACACACACACACACACACACACACACACACUCAGUACAGAGGAGUACACACACACGCACAUCCUGGCUGCCAUGUCAGAAACUCAAAGAAAACUCACUCAAAAUCCUCUGGAGAAGACGUGGGUGCCAUGGAUGAAAAGCAGGCUGAGCCAACGCAGAGGCUCGUCCGUGCCUCAGUUCACCAACUCCCCGACGAUGAUCGUGAUGGUGGGACUCCCGGCGAGAGGAAAGACCUACAUCUCUAAAAAGCUCACCAGAUACCUGAACUGGAUCGGCGUCACCACCAAAGUGUUCAACGUGGGUCAGUACAGGAGAGAUGCGACACGUGCGUACAACAGCUUCGAGUUCUUCAGCCCUGACAACACAGAGGCCAUGACGAUACGCAAGGCCUGCGCCGUCGCCGCUCUGAAAGAUGUGUGCGACUACUUCACCAGAAUGCUCGGCCAGGUCGUGGUUUUCGAUGCCACCAACACGACAACGGAGCGCAGAGACGUCAUCACCAGCUUUGCAAAGGAAAACGGCUACAAGGUUUUCUUCGUGGAGUCGAUAUGUGACGACCCUGAAAUCAUCGCUGAGAACAUUAAGCAAGUGAAGCUGAGCAGUCCGGACUACGUGGGCCGUGACAAAGAAGAGGCGGUGGCCGACUUCCUGAAGAGGAUCGAGUGUUACAAGCAGACGUACAUCCCGCUGGACGACAACAAAGACAGGAACUUGUCCUACAUCAAGAUCUUCAACGUGGGCAGCAGGUAUUUGGUGAACCGGGUCCAGGACCACAUCCAGAGCCGGAUAGUGUACUACCUCAUGAACAUCCACGUCACCCCGAGGUCCAUCUACCUGUGUCGCCACGGAGAGAGCGAGCUCAACCUCGUGGGUCGUAUCGGGGGGGACUCCGGGCUGUCGCCUCGAGGGGCUCAGUUUGCCAGUGCUCUGGGUACGUACAUGCGUGGUCAGUGUAUCAGUGACCUGAAGGUGUGGACGAGUCACAUGAAGAGGACCAUCCAGACCGCAGAGGGUCUGGGAGUUCAGUACGAGCAGUGGAAAGCUCUCAACGAGAUCGACGCUGGGGUUUGCGAGGACAUGACGUACGAGGAGAUCCAGGAGCAUUACCCAGAGGAGUUCGCACUGAGAGACCAAGACAAAUAUCGCUACCGCUACCCCCGAGGAGAGUCAUACGAGGACCUGGUGCAGCGUCUGGAGCCGGUCAUCAUGGAGCUGGAGAGGCAGGAGAACGUUUUGGUCAUCUGUCACCAGGCUGUCAUGAGGUGUCUGCUGGCAUACUUCUUGGACAAAAGUGCAAAUGAGCUGCCCUACCUGAAGUGUCCUCUCCACACAGUCCUGAAACUCACGCCUGUCGCCUACGGUUGUAAAGUGGAGUCCGUCUUCCUCAACAUCGAAGCCGUCAACACACACAGAGACAAACCAGAGAACGUGGAUGUGGACAGAGAACCGGCGGAGGCGUUGGAGACGGUCCCUGACCACAUCUAGAGCUGAUCUGAUCUCCUCCUGCCGUCGUGGAAAGUGGCCUUUUUUAAUUGAACUAAUCUUAGUUUUCAUUGUUGUGAUCACCGUCAUGAAAUGGACACAACAUGUGAUGCAUAAACAAUCAGAAGUUUUCCUCCGCUGAGCGCAUACUUCCAUUAUAAACGCACUUUAUCCUGCAGGGCUCAGGCCAAAUGUCUGUGAUACGAAGAGGCUUCCUUUACCGACCACAACACGUCAGAAACUUAAACUUUAUCUUCCUCCGUUCUUGUGCUAAUAGACUAACCACCAGCGUACGAUUAUUUAAAGAUCUCAGAGGUUUCAUCCUUUGAGAACAGGAAGUGUUCCGCUGGAAGGUUUUCUGUUUCUCCUCGUAACAGCGACUCAAACAGGAAACGUUUGCAGUGUCGACAUAAAAGGGAAUUAUUUGACAUGUUGACAACCGCUUUCUUCACCUCUCUCGUGUCUGUUAGCAUGCUUUAGCUUAGCGCAGCACAAAGACUCGAAACAGGUCAGUGCUGUAACUCACAGCACUGACUCAGCCGUCAUCGCGUCUUUGUACGUUCAUAUUGAUUCAAAUCUUAAUUGCAUUUUUAAAUCACAUUAUUUCACUUAUAAAUACAAAUUCUUAGGCUUUUCUUUUGAAUUUUUGUACCGUCCUAAGCUGAGAGUGCUUUACUUCCUGUUUGAAUUCUACUGUGCUUUUAUUUUGAAAUACAGUAAGGCCCUUACUGUAGAGUGAAGGUUAGGACAGGAAGUUAAGCGCAGAAACAGGAAGUGGUUAGGGAUCCUAAAGUGAUGUCAAACAGCUCAAAGGAACGGUAACAAAGGUCAAUGUGUGAUGUCAUCAGGUCAAUGUGUGAUGUCAUCAGGUCAAUGUGUGAUGUCAUCAGGUCAAUGUGUGAUGUCAUCAGGUGGAUAUUACUGUCUGAGAGUUUGUUAAAGUGAAAUGAGACGUUCAAAGAUGCAGCAGUGUUCUUCUUUUACAUCACUGAGACUACAGGGAGACACUGAGGACGAGUAUCUACGGAGAGCCUGAAGGGACAAAAGAGCAGGAGAGUUAUCAAGAUUUAAACAAAA